AUGUACGACUCGGACGUCAUUUACCAGCCGAACCCCGUCGCGUUCCAGCGUCCCAUGUUCUCGAGCUCGUUCUCCUCCCCCGCCGCUUGCAGCUUCAACAGCACGGCGACGUCUGCGCCUGCCUCGGCGUCUGGCUCGCCGUCACCUCCGCCAACGCUUCUCAAGCCCUCCCACAGCCUGAGCAAGAAGCACCGCCCGCAAAUGCCCAAGAAGAUGAGCAGCACGACAGGCAAGCACAAGUCGGUCCAGGUCUCCCUCGAGGUCAAGGUCGAGCGGUCAAAGGGCUUCCAUGCCUUCUUUGUCCCUCUUGCCCGCUCGAUGCCGCCGGCACCGCCGAGCUCCCCCGUCCUCGCCCACAGCGACGGCAAGGACUUCCCCGAGUGGUCUCUCGACGGCGAGCGCAAGGGCGAGGAGCGCUGGGUUGAGGACAUUGAGCAGCCCCCGCAACAGCGCAUGGACCUGGACUAG